GUCGGAAAGUCGCUUGGUCUGAUCGCUCCGGGAAUGGGAUCUUGGACAAGAGUCAAGAUAAAAAUUACCUUUAUGAGAGUUUAUCCGUUGCAAAGACUUUUCUUAGUUCUGCGAGAAUAACGCCGCUAGAAAAUAAAGGAAGAACGAACGAAAAAGAAAGAUUAAAUACGAAUGGAGGAAAAAGAGAAGUAGACGAGAAUUACUGAAGAGAAAGACAGCCGAAGGUCUAUGGGGAAGUUUUUCAGAAACGGUUUUCUAAGCCAGUUCAUCAGGCAGCAGGUCCAGUGACGAAAAACAGCUACUUUAUUUGAGUUAAUGUUAAAUUGGUAAAUUAAAAAAUUGUCCCAAAUUAUAGUAAAGCUGAUGCGCUUACCAUUGAUAUCGCACGCACUGUUUUAUUACAAAACAAUAGACAGGUAGGUUAAAAUGUUGUUCUAAGAUAAUAAUAAGAUUAACCGAAAAGUUAUAGUAUUUAUGAUAAAAACAUUAACGUUGGAAGACGUGUUUCUUUGACGGGAUAUACUGUGGCUCCUGAAAGUCAGUCUCGGUGCGCGAGCGUGUAUGGCGUUGAGGAGCGUUCAAAAUAAGCGACGAUGGCAAAGUGGUUCAAAGAUUUCCCCAUAAAUCUCAAGAACGGUACCGAUCGGAUCCGCUCAGCCUCCGAAUCAAGCUCUCAGUCUCGAGGCAAGCCCGGACUCGCAGCCGGGAUUGGCACCAAAACUGGCAGCACCAAAGGCGUUGGUGGGGUGGGCUCGCUUCUCUCAGGGAGAAACAGGAAAAAUUCGGCUAUCGAACUGGGACGGAAUGGGACUACAGGCGGAGGUUCUGUGAAAGAUGGGAAGGUCUGGGAUAGCCUCAUCCCCGGGAAAAGUCGGAAAAACUCGAAGGCAGAGUCGGGAUUGGAAGAGCACCGGUCACUUAAAAGUUCGAUUUCGGCGAACGCCUACAUCAGUCGGCUGAUAAAGUUAGACAAACAGGAGAAAAACCCAAACUUCAACAGUGGUACCAGUGGUCCUACUGGACCUGAAACAGAGAAAGCAAAUACUGCUACCAGAACGGAGACGGUGAUCAUCCUAGAGGACUAUGCCGAUCCCUUCGACGCCCAGAAGACGAGGGAGCAGAGAGAGGCGGAGAGAGAGGGAGAGAACGACGGCUACAUGGAGCCGUACGACGCCCAGCAGAUGAUCACAGACGUCGCCGCUUUCUGCACCGAGCUCCGGCGGCGCUACGGGCUCCUGGAGGGGGGAGAGGGGGCCGGCGAGGAGGGCAGAGCCGCGCCCCCCCAGAUCUACGACACCCCGUACGAGGCGGGGCCGGAGGGCGAGGGGGGAGGGGUGCGGGGUCAGGCGACCCGGCCGGAGCUCGACGCCCGCCCCCCCGCUGAGUACGAGCUGCCCUGGGAGUGGAAGAAGGAGCAGAUCGUCAAGGCGCUCUCAGCUCAGUUUGAGGGCGUGGAGCGCCCCACCCCAGCCAAAGAGGACCCCCCCCUCACAGUGAGGCAGCACCUGAGGCAGAAGAGCUGGAACCAGAAGAGCCUGAAAGCCUCGCCCCCCCCUCUCACCCCCCCGGGCCCCGCCCCAGAGCUGGAGUCCGCCAGGGUGGACCCCACCCUGCCGCUGGAGAAACAGAGCUGGUACCAUGGCUGUGUGACACGGCAGGAGGCGGAGUCUCAGCUCCUGCCCUGUAAGGAGGCCAGCUUCCUGGUGAGGAACAGCGAAUCAGGAACCAGCAAAUACUCCAUCGCUCUCAAGACGAGUCAGGGCUGUGUGCACAUCAUCGUGGCCCAGACGAAGGAGAGUGGGUACACGCUGGACCAGAGCAGCUGUGUGUUUCCCAGCAUCCCCGAGGUGGUCAACCACUACUGCACCCAGCGGCUGCCCUUCACCGGGGCGGAGCACAUGAGCCUGCUGCACCCCGUGCCCCGCCCGCAGUGACAAGCCCCCUCCCGUGCCCCGCCCGCAGUGACUCCGCCCCUCCUGCAGUGACUCCGCCCUGCUGCUGUCCGUCACACUCCGUCUCUGUAACUCUCUCUCUCCCUCCAUCUCGCUCAUCAAGCGCAAACCCUGUACUGCCGACUGAGUCUGUCUGUCUGUCUGUCUGUGGCCCAUUCUGUACCGCGGGGAUCAGCAACUCACGGUCAACCAGGGUAUUCCAUCUUCCCUCUACCUGGGAGACAGGUGUGAGGACUAGGAUUUGAAUUGGAGAGCCAGAGUUGACGAUCCCUGCUGUACAGACUGUGGUUUCCACUGCAGUGUCCAAUAGGAUCACUGUGUAACACAGAAACACUGUUGAGCAUAAUUCGUAUGGAGAGAAACCUAUUAUAGCAUACCCUGAUGAAGGCUUGGGUGAGCUGAAACUUGAUGGUGCUUUACAACUUUGGAAUGGAAUAAAGGCUUUUAAAGGUC